CAAAUAUCUAUUCAAUAUAAAAUAAUACAAAAGAGAAAAAAGCAACACCAAAGUAUGUAUAUAAACUGAACUUGUCUACAUUUAAUUCUUUUAAUAAAUGGGUGAAUAAAUGAGUGAGUGAAUGAACAAAUGAACAAGGGACUAACCAACAAAUGUCCUAUAUUUUUAAAAAUAUUUCUAGUUUACUUCUUUCUCUUUUAAUGAAGUGAGAAUAUAGGCAACCAAUUGAAGGUGGUGCUUUUGGUCAUAUUAUCAUUAAAACAAAUAAAUAACUAGACAUUUUGUUUAUCAACACAAUAUAUAGUCGAUUUAAGAGGGAAAUACACUGUCUACACACUUCUAUACACUUUCGUAUGUAUUCAGAAUGCAUGCAAAUGCAUGGGCAAAUAGGUAUUCAUCGUAUGACCAGAUACUGGAUGUAAAUUUUCCACAUUUAUGCAACCCAUCGCUCUCAAAUCAUCAAUACAUUUAUGCAUAUAUCUUCCUCAAAUGCAUGCUAUUUAUCAAUUGAAGUCAAACAUUCUAACAGAUUAUGUACAUUUUUAGUAUUCAUCUAAGAAGUUAGCAUUUAAAACAAUCAAGUAAUUGGUCAUUGUACACUGAUAAUCACUAAUUAACAGAAAAAAAUUGAGAGUCUGAAAUGAAUUUAUACUUUUUUGUUUUACAUAUUACCAUUGUCUUUCAGUUUCUUUUGAUAGUACAUUUAAAAACUACAAAUACACAGUAUACUAUAGAAUAUUUUAUCACUGAAGAAUGUCCACCUAAUACAUUAGUGGGAAAUUUAAAUAAUAUUCCUUACAAUACAGUCCUACAGUCACAUUCAUUCAGUACGUUCCAGUUGUUAUCACACAGUGGAUACUUUUAUUUAAAUGAAUCUAAUGGAUUAUUAUAUACACGUGGUCGUAUUGAUCGUGAGACAAUAUGCCCUGUUGGCACAAAUAGUGCAAAUAUGGUUGGCGGUAGUCUUCAUCCCCAUUUAUCGAAUACUAAUCGAUUAAAAGAAAUUGAUCAACUUAUGGGAAGUGAAGUAAAUCAUCUGAACACCUUGGGACAUACUACCAAAUCAAGUUGUGAAAUUUUAUUACAAGCAUUACAGUUUAUGGAUAACCCUAAUUCACGUGAUAACGAUGAUCAAGAGCAUCGUGUCAUUUUGAUAAAAAUAUUUAUUCUAGAUAUAAAUGAUAAUGCCCCUUCAUGGCAGGAGAACGUUAUUCAAAUCAGUGUACCAGAACAUACACCAAUUGGGACAAGAAUACCACUUCCAACAGCUAAUGAUCCAGACUGUGGACCUAUUAAUACAACUGUAAGCUAUUCAUUACUUGAUCAGAGUACAAAGAUUCAGUCUUCCGAUAUAAAUUCAGACAAUACCUAUUUAGCCCGCAAUGCCUUUCAUUUAGACUCAGAACUAAUAUCCACUCCAGAUUUUAAUUUAAAUGGUGCUUGGAGUUAUCAGGCUAUCAAUUGUAAUCCACGUGUAUUUCGUCUAUGGCUUCGGAUUAUGCAGGAUUUAGAUUUUGAUGAUGAUGUUGCUGAUGAGUCUGAUGUUUUAAGUUCAACAAAAAUCUUUCAUUCAGAAAGUGUUAAAGUUAAGCUAAUAAGAUUAACUCUGUUAGCUACUGAUGGUGGUCAACCAAUCAGUUUGACAGGUACUGUAACCAUCAAUAUUACAGUCACUGAUAUCAAUGAUCAUCCACCUGAAUUUGUUGCAACAGACCAAUAUCAACCAAAAGUUGCUACUGGAUCCCCUACAGUUCACCUGCCUACGGUUCACCUAGAAAAUGGGGAAUUAUUUAUACAACUUCCUGAAAAUACUCCAGCCGGACGAGUAAUCUAUAGAGUGCAAGCAGUUGACCAUGAUGAAUCAGAUAAAGAAAAGCUCAGGUAUGCACUGGGAACAUCAGCUGGUUUGGAUGUUAGAGAAACAUUUAGAAUAGAUCCAAAAUCAGGUGAAGUCACCCUUCUAAGGGCACCAGAUUACGAAGCUCAUCGUUUACAUAUUUUACCAAUAACUGUAACAGAUGGAAAACAUAUUAUAACACAGAAAUUGAAUGUACGUAUUCAAAAUGUUAAUGAUCACCCUCCUGUGAUUUCAGUGCGUCCAGUAAUCAAACAAAAGUCUCCCAUCAUUCAUUCGGGUCAGUCAUUUCGCCCUAAUAUUCCAGAUUAUAUUCAUGGUCGAACAGUUGUUUUAUAUGUUACAGAGCAUGAGCCCCCAGGUCAGCUGAUAGGGACAGUGACAGUGACAGAUUCUGAUGAAAUUUUGGAUCCUACUCUUACUAAAUCAGACAUGUUAGUUGAGAGCAGUACACAAAAAUUAAACUAUCCGUAUCAAACUGUUGAUUCGGAAACGCAUUUGAGCACUAAUUGUCAACUAAAUCAUAAUGGUUUAAUACUAGAACCAUUAUUUAAAGGCGCUAAAAACCAAUUUAAACUUUUAACUUAUGGUACUUUUGAUAGGGAACAACAGACUGAUCAUUUCGCCACAUUAACAUGCUAUGAUUACGGUCACCCACCGUUAUCUUCACAGAUUGGAUUGCGCCUUAUCAUUGAGGAUAUUAAUGACCAUGGUCCUCAAUUUAAACAGAAUAAAAUGAUUGCUCAUAUGAAGGAAAAUAGUCCGUCAGGAACAAAAGUUUAUAAAAUCGAUGCACACGAUCCUGAUAUUGGUCCUAAUGCUCUUUUAGGCUAUCGGUUAGACGGUCAACAUACAGAAGACUUUAUGGUUGAUUCAAAGACUGGUACAGUGACUAGUUUGAGACCAUUUGACAGGGAACAGAUAGACCAUUUCAAUCUAUCAGUUACUGUUUAUGAUCAGUCCGAAUGGAUUACAUCAAAUGGUUAUAAUAGUAAUAAUAUGACGAAUUUAUCAACAGAGGUUGAUUUGUUUAGUCGUAAAGCACCGAAACAGCAUAUUGUUCACGGGAAUCUGUAUGUUUAUAUUGAUGAUGUGAAUGACUGUCCGCCAACAUUUGAGAAUUCAUUAUAUCAGCUAAGCGUAUCAGAAGAUGCUAAAAUUAACCAUUUAGUUGGUCAAAUUGAAGCGAAUGAUAGCGAUGCAACUGAAAUCAAUAAUCAAAUUCAUUAUUUAAUUAAACCACAAAUAGAAGGUCAGAUGAUUCAUGAAUUUCGCGUGUCAACUAAAGGAUAUAUUUAUGUGGCACGUGGUAAUUUAGACAGAGAAAAUGUACCAGCAUAUAAUUUUUAUCUUGUCGCUAUGGAUUCUGGAUUGCCGACAUUAUCAUCUUCGACACAAAUUCACAUACACUUAAUUGACGUGAACGAUAACUCUCCACAGUGGAUAUUUCCAGCGCAUAACCAUCAGAUUGUAAAUUUGACUAUUAAUGAACCAGUUGGUUAUCGUGUAGCUCAGUUGGUUGCUGAAGAUCCGGAUGAAAAUGAAAAUGGUGAAGUAGCUUAUCGAUUGGUCCAAACAAGUUUCAUGUCUAAUAUACCUGACGUUGUGGACAGAGCUCCUGUGACAAGUCCUUCAACUUAUUCUGACAAUAAUCUUAACAGUAAUGCACAAAACACGCCGAAAUCGGAUUUACGAUACAUACCGACACAUACUGUUGGGAAUCUAUUUGAAUUGGAUUCAAUAAGUGGGGCUAUUUAUGUUGGUCGGUCAAUGACUGUCGACGACGUAGGAUCAAUUAAGUUAGUUUUAGAAGCAAGUGAUCGGGGACGUCCGGCUAAAGUUAACCAUCGGGUUUUACAGAUUGAUAUUUUUCGUUAUUUAUCACAAACAAGUGCUUAUUUACUCAAUGAGAACGAUGGUGACGGAGGAGUGGAUAGUGAACAUUUUAGACACAGGAAUACAGUUAUUGGACAUGGAACAUACUUAGAAAAUGAUUUAAUUGUGAUUGUGAUAAUGGUCGCUGUAACAUUGAUAAUAUCACUGAUACUUAUAUUGGCAAUUUUAUUUCUACGCUGUGGUGCAUGCACACCCCGAAGUGCAGUACAAUGUGAACAAAAUGAUCCUAGAUUUUAUAGACAAGGUUUUAGUCACACACACCAUCUUGAAGAAGUUUUCAGAGAUUCUGGAAUGCUUGAAGCAGAUGGCUUACUUUCGCCUGGAGCUGAUCAUUUACUCAGUGAAAGCAGCCUAAAUAGUUAUCCUCCACCAAAUCACCUUUGUAACUCAUCCCAACCAACAGAUUCGGAUAAAAUGUUAAGAAGCCUUUUAUCAAACUCAGAUAGAAAUCAGUGGAUGGCUGCAAUAUUAGAUCCCCAAAAGCCUGAUACCCUAAGAUCACAGAAAUUAUCUAAUUCAACUCAUCCAUUUCAUUCAUCACCUUUAAAAGGGAAUGAUUUCUUGAAUCAUCGAAGAGGAUCCAGUCAGACUGGAACAAUUUGCCGAUUGAUGCGUGUUGAAGAACGUCUUUUGGACAAUCCAUCGACAAAAAAUUCACCUGAUCAUGAGCUCAAGUUAUUGAUGGGGGCGAAUUCCUCACUCCAACAAAAUAAUCAACUCUGCACAACAUUUAAGGCAAGCUGUUCACAAUUUCCAGGUUAUCGUGUAAACUCCCCAUCGUAUAAAGAUGCUGAAUCUUUGGGAAAUUUAAAUUCUCCUAAUGAACACCAACUUGUUAUUGUUCACUAAAUCUUGAACAGCCUAAGAAUGCAAUAACUACAAAAAGUCCUGAAUUGCUACCCUCUGAACGAGACGACUUAACAUUGAAAGUGUUAGCUUAUCGUAGACGAAGUGGGACUUUACCACCUUGUACCAAUCAUAUAAAUAAUGGUGAAAACGACGAUGAAGUUGGUGUUAUUCCAGUCAAUUUUCCAAAUAAAUUAAAUUCUGCAAAGUCCUCAGGUGAUCUUUUAAAGGUUGUUGAUACAAAAUGUUGUUUAAAAUUCAGUGUGGAACAACAACACCAACCUAAAAGUCGUCUCUCUGUUUCAUGGUUGGAUACGCAUAUGAAUUGCAAUAAUGAACAAGAGAAUAUCUCAGCUGUUGCCAACCCUGUGUGUGAUCCUACGAGUGGUUCUUCAUGUAAUGAUGAUGUCGAUGGUCUUUUCAACAACAUUAGUAAAACAACGAAUGUUAUCGAUAAUGACAAUACUAGAGGUGAGUGUCAAACUGAGAUGUCCCAGUCAACAGAAGGCACGAUGAUACUAUUCAGUCCAGUUGAUCCACUCGGUUAUGCGCAGCUUAUUCAUACACAAACAGAUGAACAGUUCACUUCACCACAAAAUAUUUAUUCUAAAUUCCCAACAAGUUUUGUUUAAUCGAUUUAAAAAAGAGACAGAAAGAUUAAGGAUUAAAUGUUCAGAUUUGAAGAUAGGAUUUAAUUCAAAAGAUCUGUUGCUGUUUCUUCUUCAAUGAAUUUGUACCAUUUUUCAUAAAAGUGACAGAAAAACUUUGAUUUUCACCGUAUAAGCCUUCAGAAAUUAUCGGUUGUUUAGCUCUCCUUUCUAUUUGAUUUGGUGCAUUUUAUGUUCGCUUUCUCCACCACUCUUCCUCUUUUUAUGAUUUAUUAAAAGUGCCGAUUAAAAUAGUCUGGUAAAUUCAUUUAAUAUACAAAAUCUGGAUACAUGAAAACAAAAAAGAUAUCAGACAAUGAACAAUGGAAUGCAACUAUCUACCACCUUGUACACACUUGCGUAUAUACACAUAUAUGCAUAUUAAAAAUUGAAAUAUAGCUAUUCAUCUAUGUCUAUUUAUUUAAACAAAUUUAUUCAGUUGCUUUUGUUUUCUGUUUCCAUAAUAUCUAUUUUCAAGGUAAGUUUAGGUGCAGAAUGCACUGCUCGCUGACGAAUCUUGAACCUGAGGAUCGAACAAGUGUUUAAUGUUGACGAGCUCUCAAUAAUUUUGUAAACAUCGAGGUCGACUCGUGACUCAGUCAACCAAAACGACCACAAAAUUAAUAUUUCUGCUAAUCAUUUCAGCUACCUACUAUAUCAUGUUUAUGUUUUUAAUUAAUGAACUCAGAAGUGAGUACACUACGUAUCGAUUUAUCUUGUGCUCCCUAACCGAAAAGAUCAUAAUGCCUUUAUUGUAACCUGAGAAAAGUAUACAUUUUCAACAAAAAUGACUACUUGAUCAAAGUAAUAUAUCGUCAUUGGAACUGGU